UCCUAUCGCUAGACAGCGUAGAGACUUGAGAAGAGUCUGCCUUUUUACUUUUAAAAACAACAAUUCACGUAACAGUAAAGUUAGCAGAGGAAUAUGAGAAGUUACAUAUGUGCCCAUAGUCAUAGCUGUCAAUGUUAAGAGGGCAGAUUCUUUAAAAAUGAAUAAAAAGUUUAAGAGUCUGAUCAACCUCGUCGUGGUGCUGGUGUUAAUUACUCUGUGCAUAGGGGUACAGGAAUCUGAGUCUGCGGCCUGUUAUGGUUGUGGAACAGGAUCAAAGUGUGACUGCAGUGGAGUGAAAGGGGAGAAGGGCGAUAGAGGUUUGCCAGGACUACAGGGCCAUCCAGGUAUACCAGGGUUUCCUGGCCCAGAAGGGCAAAUUGGACCUCGUGGGGAGAAGGGUGAUGAUGGACCUCAUGGACCUCCAGGGCCUAAAGGAAUAAGAGGACCUUCUGGGCUUCCCGGAUUUCCAGGCACACCGGGCAUUCCGGGUAUUCCAGGAAAUGACGGCCCUCAAGGUCCAAAAGGAGUUGCAGGCUGUAAUGGAACAAAGGGUGAGAGAGGAUAUCCAGGAUCCCCAGGGAUCCCAGGUAUAGAUGGACAACAGGGCCCACCUGGUCUGCCAGGUCAGAAGGGAGAACCUGGUGAAGUCAUCCAGGAGGAACAUCCUGGAAACCAAGGGGAACCUGGUGGUCACGGAGAACCAGGCAUCAGAGGACUUCCAGGACCACCCGGGCUGGCAGGACCCCUCGGUCCUCCUGGCCCUAAAGGUCACCAGGGUCCACCUGGUCACCCAGGUCCACCAGGGCCUAAGGGAAACAUGGGACUGAACUUCCAAGGGCCAAAAGGAGAGAAGGGUGAAUCUGGGUUGCCAGGGCCUCCAGGGCCACCAGGACAAGUCAGCGAGCUUACAAGUGAACAGCAAACAGUCAUUCAGCGAGGAGAGAAGGGUGAUCGUGGCUCACCUGGCCCACCUGGAGAUCCUGGACUUCCUGGACCACCUGGUUCAACUGGCAGUCAGAAAGGAGAGAAGGGCGAGCCAGGAGAACCUGGAAAGAGAGGCAAGCCUGGUAAGGACGGAGACCCUGGCCCUCAUGGAUUGCCGGGAUCAAAGGGACAAGGGGGAAUUCCUGGCUUUCCAGGAAGAGAUGGCGAAAGAGGGCAGAAAGGCGAACCUGGAUAUCCUGGACCUCCAGGAGAGGUGAUUGGCAGACCUCCCAUAAACCAAGAAGGACCUAAAGGGGAUAGUGGUUCCCCAGGACCCCCUGGGAGGAAAGGAGAGAGAGGAUCACCAGGUCUCUCAGGACCACCUGGUCAUCCAGGUUCUCCAGGAAUCGGAAGCCAAGGUCCACCUGGUCCUCCUGGAUAUCCUGGAGAGAGAGGACAAAAGGGUGAUGAAGGACAGCCUGGAGUCUCUCUUCCAGGUUUGCCAGGAAGACCCGGACCGCCAGGCUUGCAAGGACCACCGGGACCUCCCGGACCACAAGGGAUAUCCAAUGGAGGAGACAACUGCAUCAGUGGGGCGCCAGGACUUCCGGGCAUCCAUGGGGAAAAAGGAUAUUUAGGAGAGAGAGGCCAAAAAGGUGAAAAGGGAGAGACAUGUGUGAACUGCUUCUCAAAUGGAAACCCUGUCCCAGGGCCUUCAGGGCCCCCUGGACCGAACGGAUUCCCAGGCAUUCCUGGGAUCCCUGGUCCAAAAGGACAAAAAGGUAUCCCUGGAAACCCCGGGCUUAUGGGUGCACCAGGUUUAACGGGACCACAGGGUCUGCCUGGAGUCCCUGGACAAAAGGGGGAUCCUGGUGAUGCCAUCCAGCUUGAUGGUAUGAAGGGAGAGAAGGGAGACACAGGCUUUCCUGGCCCUCCAGGUCUACACGGGCUGGAUGGAAGACCUGGUCGUGAUGGCUUUCCCGGACAGCCUGGUCCCAAAGGAGUAUCAGGUUCUCUGCUGGUGAAAGGUCAGCGUGGUCCUCCAGGUGAGCCUGGUCCCAUAGGUCCUGAAGGAGACCGAGGUCCCCCUGGUCCCCCUGGGUUUGGCCAACAGGGGCCACCUGGAGAGAAAGGACUCCAGGGUGUGUCAGGAAGACCAGGACCCCCUGGACUGUCAGGUCAGAAAGGUGAACCAGGACACUCUAUUUCUGAAAAAGGGGCACCUGGACUCCCAGGACGUGAUGGAGACCGUGGUCUACCAGGGAUCUCAGGUAACCCAGGUCCACCUGGACAGCCUGGAUUUCCAGGAUUACCUGGGCCAAAAGGAGAGCCUGGUCUGCCUGGCAGUGGUUUGCCAGGACCUCCAGGUGCUAAAGGAUUCCCGGGUAUUCCUGGCAGUCCUGGUAGCCCAGGCAUUCCUGGGCCACCUGGUGCAGAUGGACUGCCUGGUCAGUCUGGACUCCAAGGGUCUAAGGGAGACCCUGGCUUUGGUAUUCCCGGUGCUCAGGGUCCCCCAGGUGCCCCUGGCAGUAAAGGUGUACCUGGAGCUAAAGGUGAUCCCGGUUUCCCUGGAAACCCUGGAUCACCUGGCCGACCAGGUGUCAAUGGUGUUCCUGGGCCUAAAGGUGAUCAUGGUUUUCCUGGCCAGCCAGGUCCUCCUGGCAUUUCAGGCCCCCCUGCCUUUGGUGUACAAGGUCCACCUGGACCCCCUGGACCUCCUGGACCAUCAGGCCCUUCUGGUUUCCCUGGUGUGAAAGGCGAGAAAGGAGACCUUGGUCCCCCAGGUUUAGACAUUCCAGGUUUGCCUGGAGACCCUGGAAGCCCUGGAUUCCCUGGAUCUCCUGGGCCUCCUGGCCCCCCUGGUAAUCCUGGCACCCCUGGCCAAGAUGGACUACCUGGAUACCCUGGAACAAAGGGAGACAUAGGUGUGAUGGGCACCCCAGGACCCACUGGCAAUUCUGGUAGCCCUGGUGUACCAGGCUUCCCUGGACCAAAAGGGGAGGAUGGCUUCCCAGGAAGGCCAGGCAGCCCAGGUGUUCAUGGACCAAAAGGUGACAAAGGUGAUCCAGGUUUACCAGGCCCACCUGGCAUCUUCAAUCCGGAUGUUCAUAAAGGUCCCAAGGGAGAACCAGGACAUUCAGGUUUAACUGGUCGUCCAGGAGAAAAGGGUGCUGCUGGUCUCCCAGGUGAUAAAGGUUUCCCUGGGCAGGAUGGACGCCCUGGUUCACCUGGACCACCGGGUGCCAAGGGAGAAGCUGGAAAUCCAGGAUUGCCAGGAUCUCCCGGGAUACCAGGAAUAAAAGGCAGCAUGGGCGAGAUGGGAUUCCCUGGUCCUGCAGGAAUUAAAGGAAACUCUGGUCGACCUGGCCCACCCGGACAGCCUGGAUCGCAAGGAGCAUCGGGGUUCCCAGGACCCAAGGGAGAGCCUGGAACUCCAGGAUAUGGCCCACCAGGACCUGAAGGGCCCAAGGGUGACACUGGAUCUCCAGGCUUUCCUGGAAGCCCAGGGCCAAAGGGUCAAACAGGGCCUCCAGGCCUUCCAGGGUUACCUGGAAACACUGGCCAAAAGGGUGAACCUGGACAACAAGGAUUCGAAGGUGCACCUGGCCUUCCUGGUCCUAAGGGUGCAGAUGGCCUGCCAGGUUCACCUGGCCCAAAUGGAGCCCCUGGAAAGGCAGGAGUGCCUGGCUCUCAAGGCCCAGCUGGUUUACCUGGAGAAAAAGGUAUAGCUGGUCGUGAUGGUAUUCCUGGACCUGCAGGAGAAAAGGGAGAGCCAGGUCUUCCAGGCCGUGGAAUUCCAGGUUCUCCUGGUUUCCCAGGGAUGCCAGGUCCCAAAGGAGACCCUGGCUUACCUGGCCCGCUUGGUGGCCCUGGUUUUGCAGGACAAAAAGGUGAGAGUGGACCGCCUGGUCCACCAGGUGCCCAUGGUCGUCAGGGGCCUCCUGGUCCUCCUGGCCAGUCUGUGUAUGGCCCAAAAGGGCUAUCAGGUCCUCCUGGUCCCCCCGGAAGAGCAGGCCUGGCAGGUCCUGCAGGUCCUCCAGGUCCAGAGGGGCCUCGUGGCCUUCCAGGUAGUGGAGGUCAGAAGGGUGAGAAAGGCUUUCCCGGAGCCCCUGGAUUACCUGGCUCACAAGGACUGAAAGGAGAGUAUGGACCUCCAGGCCCAAGGGGCCCUCCUGGCUACCCGGGCAUUCCUGGCCUUAAAGGAGACACAGGUUUUCCAGGCGCACCUGGAAGCGCAGGUAAGAAAGGCGAGGCAGGUUCCAAGGGGAAUCCUGGGGCUCUCGGUGACUGCGGCGACCCCGGUCCUCCAGGACCUCCUGGUGAUCCAGGUAUACCUAUAGGUCCAAUUGAGGUGAAGGGUAACCCUGGGCCGCCUGGUCCCCCUGGCCCCCAAGGUUUCAAGGGUCCUCCAGGAAACCCAGGGCAGCAGGGUCCACCAGGUCUGCCUGGUCCUCCUGGUGACCCAGGUACUGAUGGACCUACAGGAUAUAUGGGCCCUCCAGGAAGGAAAGGGGAUCCAGGACCAAGUGGAGCUCCAGGUUUUCCGGGUAAUCCCGGCCUUCCUGGUGCAGAUGGGCCCCAGGGGUUUCCUGGUCCUCCGGGCACAGCCGUGGCUGCACAUGGCUUCUUGAUCACACGUCACAGCCAGUCCACAGAAGUUCCUUUGUGUCCCAACGACACCACGACCAUUCACGAUGGCUACUCUCUGCUCUACGUACAGGGCAACGAGAGGGCCCAUGGCCAAGACCUAGGUACUGCUGGGAGUUGUCUGCGUCGUUUUAGCACCAUGCCUUUCAUGUUCUGCAACAUUAACAACGUGUGCAACUUUGCCUCGCGGAACGAUUACUCCUAUUGGCUGUCCACCAUCGAGCCUAUGCCCAUGAGCAUGGAGCCUAUCAGGGGAGAGAGCAUCAAACCCUUCAUCAGCAGAUGUGUUGUAUGUGAAGCCCCAGCAAUGGUGAUUGCAGUGCAUAGCCAGACCAUCCAACUGCCUCAGUGUCCACUCAGCUGGGAGCCCCUGUGGAUUGGCUACUCCUUUAUGAUGCACACUAGUGCAGGUGCGGAGGGCUCGGGUCAGGCUCUGGCCUCUCCCGGUUCCUGUCUGGAGGAGUUCCGCUCCGCCCCCUUCAUCGAGUGCCAUGGCCAAGGAACCUGCAAUUACUACGGCAACUCCUACAGCUUCUGGCUUGCCACCAUUGACAGGCACAUGAUGUUCAGUAAGCCACAGUCGGAGACACUGAAAGCAGGAAACCUCGAGACACGCGUGAGCCGCUGUGUUGUGUGUAUGAAGAAGACGUAACGUAGCGACGCAAAUGCUGAUGCUAGCGUGGCCACUUGUCAGGGGAUCAGCCAUCACCAUAGUGACUGCAAAGGUUACAUCGAGGACAGGCGGAAUUUCUAUGGUGCAUUAUCUUAACGUUCAACUCUAUGGUGCUACUGUGUAACACAGCAAAAACAAACUGAAAAAAAUUGCUAGUUUUUUUUUAAAUACGUACCUCAGAAAGAACUUCAAAAAGAAAAUUAACAACAGUGCCAUGAUGGGUGAGUGACAAAAAGUGCAUUUUUUCCCCUCUUCUUCAUAAGAGAUUUUUUACUGUAAAAGAAUGGUUUUUUUUAAACAGCAUUUUGAUGUUGAUAGCCAAACAGCAUGUUUUUAGAUAGAUUUUUUUUUCUUAUUCAUGUUUUAAAUUUGAGGAAUGGAAUUGUCUUCAUUUUACCAAAUCGGCACUUUGAACAUCAAAGAGAAAAAUGCACUGAACAGUUACAUUAGUGAGACUGCAUUUUUUAAAAUGCUUUCUAUAUUUUGUCACUUUUUCCUGCCUCUCCUUGGUGGUACUAACACUGUUGUAUCCAAAAAGUUUUAACUAUAUGCCUUUUAUCUUUUUGUAAGUAAUAUAAUGUGUAUAUUGUGUAAAACAGCGUUUUAGUGUAAAACAAUAAGUGGUACUUUAUAAUGAAUUUCUAGGUUAUUUGCCUUGUGGUCAUUCACUCACUCACAGGCUAGCUCACUCAUUCACAUGCUAGCUCACUCAUUCACAUGCAUAAAUAUUUGUA